CCUACAAUACCCUCGCCCCUUCCACCUCAAGACCCUCGCCCCUGCCACCUAUAUUACCCUUACCCCUGCCACCUACGAUAUUCUCGCCCCUUCCACCUCAAGACCCUCGCCCCCACCACCUACAAUACGAUUUGCAGGGCCCAUAGAGAUGAAAUAGCUUCAAUUGGGCCUCGGGUAUUCGGUUGCAAGUAGUUCCUAGCUUGCACCAACUAACACCACCAACUGCCAUACGGCUCGCUGCAGGCCCAGCCUUCAUCGUCUUCGUUUUCAAGUACUCUCUGUCUACAUAAGCGUUGACAGUAGAAGGCUAUACUUUAUAGCGCGCAGCUAGGUAGCCAUGCGGCCCGAGGGAAGCAUAUGCACUGCCGAUGGUAUAAUGCGCUAGAGUUACGGAUGUUAAUACUUGAGAAAUAACAGUGAAGCUGUGUGUUAAGGAUAGCGGCGAGCUUCUGCCUUGCACAUCAUGCAAUUAUUCGCGCGGAACUUCUUCCUGGGGCGCUCCCCUCAAGCUCAGCCGCAGCACUUGAACAUACGGUUUGAGCCCAACUUGGUUACUUCCGGCCCGACGGCCGCUUCGAAUCCGCAACCACUGCUCCACCCUAGUCGCCUGGCACCCAGCUCCCAGGGAGCCCUGGAGAGACCGGUGAGGCCUGCCUCCCCUUCACCAGUCAACAUCCCAACCGAAACAGCCAACGGCACAACCGGCGCUGCCGUACCGCCAGCAGGGACAAUCGCAUCAGCGUCAGCACCAAGGGCGCCCGUAGGAUCAGCAAACACGGCCGGCCAGGGCUUAGCAGCAGCAGCAGCAGCAGCAGCAGCCACAACAGCAGGACCCAGUGCUGCCACGGAUGCCGCCCAGAUCCGGCCGGGUCAGAUGCGGGUUGCUAUCGUUGGGGACGUGCAUGGUAGCUGGCGUGCGGGGCGGGAGGAGGCGGCCCUGAGGCUGCUGAAGCCGGAUCUAACCCUACUGGUGGGAGAUUUCGGGAACGAAAACGUGGAGCUUGUACGGCAGGUGGCGUCGCUACCGAUCCGCAAGGCAGUUAUCCUGGGGAACCACGACGCAUGGUACACGCAGACGGGGCGGGCCGGAAAGAUGCUACAGCCCAUGAGCAGCCCCAACCACCGUCAACAACCUCGGCAGCAACAGCAACGACUAACCGCAGCUGACAUCCUAACCGCAUCUCGUAACCGUGACGAGGCAGUAGCAGCUGUAGCACAAGACGGUGUAAGGCAGCAGCUAGCGGCUCUUGGAUCCGAUCACGUGGGGUACGGCAGCAUGCGGUUGGACGAGCAUGGUUACACGGUGGUUGGCGGGCGGCCGUUUUCCAAGGGCGGCAAGAACUUCAGCGGCAUUCGGGAGUUCAUGGAGGGGCUGUACGGCGUGAGAAGCAUGGAGGAAAGCGCUAGGCGUAUCGUCCAGGCCGCUGCCCCCGCCCCCGCACACCACCCGCUCAUCGUGGUGGGUCACAACGGACCCACGGGUCUCGGCGCCCGCCCGCAAGACAUCUGCGGAGUGGAUUGGGAGCCUGGGGCGGGCGACCAUGGAGACCCCGACCUGCAGACCGCCCUAGCCGCCCUACACCGCUCCGGCCGUCGCACCCCUCUGGUCGCAUUCGGGCACAUGCACCACCACCUCCACCACGCUGCCAGGACGGCUGGGGGCGGUGGUGGUGGGGGCAGCAGCAACAGCGGAGGAGGAGGAGGAGGCGGUGGUGAAGUUGGAGGUGGCCGCCUGCGUCGCAUGGUAGCCCUGGAUCCCGCCACAGGUACUCUCUACCUAAAUGCGGCCACGGUCCCACGGGUCGUUUUGGCGCCGCCGGCGCCCCUGACGACCCCGCACGACACCAGGAGAGGCUCCUCUUCGAGCUUGUUAGCGCAAAGCAAGUCGUCGUCAUUAUUAACAUCCUCCUCGACUGCCUCAUUCGCAUCCGCUUCUUCUUCUUCCCCGCCGCCCUCAUCACCAUCAUCCAAGGCUGCGUACGGCACUGCAAUCCCCGGUUCCCCGUAUCCUCCCACGUCUCCCAAAGCCUACGGUUCCGGUCGACGUGCGAGGAUGGCAGCAAAGGCAGCGGCGGCGGCUGCCGCAGCGGCGUCCUCAGGCUCUGGCGUUUCAGCAGCAUUGGCAGCGGAGGCGCGUGUUCGCGCGGCGUUUGAAAGGGAGUUGGAUAGCGCGGAAGCAGCAGCAGCAGCAGCAGCAGCGGCUGCGGGGCAGAGGUCGGAAAGGGAGGACCCCAGGGGCACGUUGCACCAUUACAUGCUGGCUGACUUGUGUGAGGGCGAUGUGGUAUCGGCGCGGGAUGUUUGGGUUCAGGUGACACCGGUGGAGGCGAAGGAGAAGGAGGUAAAGGAGGAAGGCAAGAAGGAGGAAGGCGAUGAGGCAGGAGGUAGCAUGACGGCAGCGGAGGGUCGUGCUUUGUCGUCGGAGGGCGUGAGCAGGCGUUGUGGGGCUGAGGUAGAAGACAAGGGUGAGGGAGGGGAUGGCGAGAAGGGGGAUGGCGCUGAUGAUGAUGAGGUAGAUGCGCUCGAAGGUCGACCACGUCGUAUUGGGGCGUAUGCCGUACAAGUUGUACGGCAACAUGAGGUUCUCCGUACAGUUGUGAGCGCGCGAGGGGGAGAAGAAGGAGACGGAGAGGCGGAGGUAGAGGGGGGUGCUGUGGGUGCGUGCGGCAAAGGCAGUGGCAAGGGUCGCGGGGGCGGUGUGGUUAAGUUCGUUUGGAAUGCGUUCGAUCAGAGGUACGAGUCGUACGUCAUGCCGUAGCCGUCGCCGUCAUAGUCGCCUUCACGUAAUGAAUUGUACGGCAGCGAUGCCAUGCCAUUGUCAUGGCCACGUCACCUCCGGCGUGCCCCGUCCCUACUCGUGCUCCCUAUAGUUUGGGGGAUGCAGCGGCGGUAACGAGACGGGUGCGGGGGUAAGACUAAUGAGACACGUUUGACGAUGCAACUGACGGUGCGGAGAUUGGCAGGAGAGGGGAG